AUGGAGCGCAAUCCAAAAGACUCCAUGAAGUCCACCUGGCGGCAACAAGCCCGCUCAGAGUGGACUCUCUCCCACUGGUUCUUCGAGCUACUAGGUAUCCACCCCGACCAUCUCGACCGGGACAUCCCCGUACAUCCCAAAGAAGACGCCAUGCCCUAUGUCCCAGACUGGUCGAUGCACCGGUGGGUGCUCACACACGCCGUGAUCCCCCUCCUAAUCCACCACGCCUACGUGGAGCUCACAGGCCGCGACCUCAGCGCCUGGGGCGCCUUCAUCCUGUACUCCAUCGCCUUCAAAGCCAUCGCCAUCCACGAGCUCCGCGUCCUGCGCCGCCUAGGCCACCAGCACGGCUUCCUAGACGGCGACAAGCACGCCCGCGACGGCAUACCAGAUAUCGGCGUCACAAAGGUCGUCCGCUCACUUAUGUCGACAUCAACCUUCCGUCCAAUGUUCACCGUCUUCAUCGCCUACCACGCCACCCACCCGCCCUCGAGCAUGAGUUUUGCCUGGCUGCCCCUUGAGAUCGGACUGUACGGGAUUAUCCUCGAUUUCUGGUUCUACUGGUACCACCGACUCAUGCAUGAUGUCGAGGUACUCUGGAAAUACCACCGAACCCAUCACCUCACUAAGCAUCCGAACCCGCUUUUAACGCUAUACGCCGAUACGGAGCAGGAGUUCUUCGACAUCCUCGGUAUCCCGCUCAUGGCGUACUACAGCAUGCGGUUCAUGGGUAUGCCGAUGGGAUUCUACGAGUGGUGGGUAUGUCACCAGUAUGUGGUGUUUGCGGAGUUGGCGGGACACAGUGGAUUGCGGGUUCUUGCUACGCCGCCGUCGACGUUGAGUUGGGCGCUGCGGUGGUUUAAUGCGGAGCUUGUUAUUGAGGAUCAUGAUUUGCAUCAUCGGAAGGGUUGGAAGAAGAGUCAUAACUAUGGGAAGCAGACUAGGCUUUGGGAUCGCAUUUUUGGGACUUGUGCUGAGCGCGUUGAGAAUGUGGAGAGUAAUAUUGAUUAUUCUAAUCAGUCGGCCAUGCCGUUGUAUUGA